AUGGUUCGACAACAGCUUCCUCGCGACACGAGAAUCGCUCCGGUACGCUUCGCAUCAUACGACCAUAACCGCAAGCCUUCGGCCAUUGCGCAGCGCCUGCCAGAUCCCGAGCACCAACCACAGCGAUUUCGCGAGUUCGACCUCGAAGGCAAAGUAUUCGUAGUGACUGGAGGUGGCAGGGGUCUUGGCUUAACCUUAGCUGAAGUCCUCGUUGAAGCGGGCGGCAAAGUAUACUGCCUCGACAGGCUCGCCGCGCCUGUGGACGAGUUUCAUCAUUGCAAGGAUCGGCUAGCGCAACUAUAUGGCGGCACUCUCAACUAUGACCGCGUUGAUGUUCGCGAUGCAUCUGACCUAGAUCAUGUCAUCGCCAGAAUCGCCGACGAGAAUGGCCGUCUCGACGGUCUCGUGGCUGCCGCUGGCAUACAGAAAGUCACUCCUGCCCUCGACUAUCCCCCGGAAGCCAUCAACGACAUGAUGGAUAUCAACUUCAAGGGAGUCUACCUGACCGCAGUCAGCUGCGCCAAGCAGAUGAUCAAGCACAAGAGCCCCGGAUCACUUUGCUUGAUCGCGAGCAUGAGCGGUCUCAUCGCUAACAAAGGCUUCACCUCUUCAGUGUACAAUUCUUCAAAGGCCGCCGUGUGCCAACUGACGAGGAGUCUAGCCAUGGAAUGGGGCAAGGUUGUCGAUGGAAAACCCAUUCGAGUCAAUGCCCUCUGUCCAGGUAACAUCAUGACGCCAAUGGUGGAGAAAAACUUUCAAGAUGAUCCAGGACUGCGUGAGAUUUGGGAACGAGAGAACAUGUUAGGCCGUAUCUCAAGACCACACGAAUACCGUGGUGCCGCACUCUUCUUGCUCAGCGACGCAAGCAGCUUCAUGACCGGCUCUCAGGUACAGCGUCCAGUCACUGGUGAUCUCAUCCACUGA